AUGGAGGCGAUUGCUGCGAAAUACGAACCUCAAUCGAACAUUCUCAAGAACUUAGGCUACGGUGAUGAUGGUGAUGAUGGCUUGAAACAGGACUUCAUCUCUGGUGUCGACCUCUCAAUAGCUCCUAGCAUUGCAAUGCCGCCAAUUGCACAUCCAACUGAGUUUCUAAGAGCACACACGGAUGACUCACAGAACCCGGACUGUAAGAUCAAGAUUGCGCAUGGUACCACGACGUUGGCGUUUAGAUUCCAAGGAGGCAUUGUUGUUGCUGUUGAUUCCAGAGCCACGGCGGGCAAUUGGAUUGCAUCGCAGACGGUCAAGAAGGUGAUUGAGAUUAACCCGUUCUUGCUGGGAACCAUGGCUGGUGGUGCAGCUGACUGUCAGUUCUGGGAGACCUGGUUGGGAUCGCAGUGUAGACUACACGAGUUGAGAGAGAAGCAGAGGAUCUCUGUGGCUGCGGCCUCAAAGAUAUUGAGCAAUUUAGUUUACCAGUACAAGGGGAUGGGGUUGUCCAUGGGUACUAUGAUCUGUGGUUAUACGAAAAAGGAAGGUCCAACUAUCUAUUACGUUGAUUCUGAUGGUACAAGAUUGAAAGGUGAUGUGUUUUGCGUUGGUUCCGGUCAAACGUUUGCGUACGGUGUGUUAGACUCGAACUUGAGAUGGGAUCUGACUGUGGAGGAGGCUCUGUACUUGGGAAAACGUUCCAUCUUGGCUGCUGCACACAGAGAUGCAUACUCCGGUGGUUCUAUCAACUUGUAUCACAUCACAGAGGAUGGUUGGGUAUAUCACGGUAACCAUGACGUUGGUCCAACGUUCUACGAAAUCAAGGAGAAGGAAGGUUCAUUCAACAACGUUGUCGGUUAA